CUUCGAGUCUACCAAAAUGACCAGCAAUCGGGAUUUCGCUAAGGAGCAGCUGAAGCGCUGGCAAGAGCAGCGGAGCCUGCAGGAAGUUGAUUCCUUAACCACAGGAGCUGGAAUCCCAGUGGGAGACAAGCUGAAUGUCCUGACCGUUGGUCCAAGAGGCCCACUCCUGGUUCAGGAUGNUCUCUGUGGUGCUCCAAACUAUUACCCAAAUAGUUUUACUGGCCCUGAGGAGCAGCCCACUUUGAUGGAGAGCUGUGUAUUUAUCUCAGGCAAUGUAGAACGUUUCGAUAGUUCAGUUGAGGAUAACGUCUCUCAACAAGGAGCAUUUGGCUUUUUUGAAGUGACUCAUGAUAUCACCAAAUUUUGCAAGGCAAAGGUAUUUGAGCACAUAGGCAAAAAAACUCCAAUGGUUAUUCGAUUUUCAACUGUUGCUGGAGAAUCAGGCUCAGCUGACACAGUGCGUGACCCUCGAGGCUUUGCAAUGAAGUUCUACACUGAAGAUGGAAAUUGGGAUCUUGUAGGGAACAACACUCCCAUCUUCUUCAUUAGAGAUCCAUUACUGUUUCCAUCUUUUAUUCAUACUCAAAAGAGGAAUCCACAGACACAUCUGAAAGACCCAAACAUGGCAUGGGACUUCUGGAGUCUUCGCCCUGAAUCUUUGCACCAGGUAUCAUUCUUGUUCAGCGAUCGUGGCAUUCCAGAUGGGCACCGUCACAUGAAUGGCUAUGGGUCACAUACUUUUAAGCUAGUCAAUGCUUACGGAAAUGCAGUAUACUGCAAAUUCCAUGUAAAGACCGAUCAAGGAAUUAAAAACAUAUCUGUCAAAGACGCAGAAAGACUGGCUUCUGAAGAUCCGGAUUAUGGCCUACGUGAUCUUUACAAUGCAAUUGCUAAUGAAAACUUCCCCUCUUGGACUUUCAACAUUCAAGUUAUGACAUUUGAACAAGCUGAGAACUUUCCAUUUAAUCCUUUUGAUGUAACAAAGGUUUGGCCUCAUAAAGAUUAUCCUCUCAUCCCUGUGGGAAAAGUUGUCUUAAACCGAAAUCCCGUCAAUUAUUUUGCUGAAGUGGAACAAUUGGCCUUUGACCCAAGCAACAUGCCUCCAGGAAUUGAACCUAGCCCUGAUAAAAUGUUACAGGGUCGUCUUUUCUCAUAUCGAGAUACCCACGCGCAUCGUCUGGGACCCAACUACCUUCAAAUUCCUGUAAAUUGUCCAUACCGAACUAGGGUGGCCAAUUACCAGAGAGAUGGAUUUAUGUGCAUUUCUGAUAACCAGGGUAAAUCUGAAAAUAACAACUUUUCACAUUUUAAACAGCAGAGAGAAUUCCAUGAUAAUCGUAUAUGUAUAACGAUUGCUUUCACUAUUUAUUGAAAGGUACGGGACUUCUUUGUCAAAGUACUGAAUGAGGAAGAGCGCAUGAGGCUUUGUGAGAACAUUGCCAACCAUCUUAAGGAUGCUCAACUUUUCAUCCAGAAGAGAGCUGUAAAAAACUUUACUGAUGUUCAUCCUGAUUAUGGUGCAGGGAUUCAAGCCUAUCUGGAUAAACACAAUGGUGAUAAACACAUUGGUGAAGAAAAAAGAAAGACACAACCAAGUGUGAUUCUGACUUUGAAAACAAUUUGA